CUAUUUUGAGGUCCGGUUUUGUAUCCAUACUGUCCCAUCAACCUGGUGUGUUCCGCCCAGUUAUACCAUCCGCAUUUGACUCCAGACUGUUGUUCGUUUUUUUCUGCAUUCGCUCGUUCCCCCGAGCAUCUCGAUCCCCUACUAGCCUUCCGCAAUGUCCGUUACAAUGAGGUCCGCAAGCCUGGUGCGCGGCAGCGUAGCAUUGCGGCCUAACCUGGUCGCCCGGCCACGAUUCUCCGGUCCAUUGGCUGCGACCACGGCCGCAAAUCUCCGACUCAACGGUGGCGGUCUCCUCCCAUCCCGACUGUCGGCCAUUGCGAUUCUCGUCCCCCAUCACCGUGGAUAUGCGACCGAGCAGCAGUCGACAAACUCCUCAUCGGAGUCUUACCCCCCUCCCGGGUUCAAUGCCGCACAGGCCAAGAAGCCCAUCCCCGCCGAUGCUGCGCACCCCACGGAUAACACCAGUGUUCAGAAAGUCGCGUCUAACUCGGACCAAACAAUCUCAUCUCAGAUCAAUGCGCAGAACAAGGGACAGUCGGUUGACCUGACGGCAGCCAAGACCGGGGAUGUGGAGGCGAAGAAGGCCGAUGACAAGAAGGAGGCGAAGAAGCUGACCAUCGGCCAAAAAAUCAAGAAGGAGGCUCAGCAUUACUGGGAUGGCACUAAGCUUCUGGCCACGGAGGUUAAGAUCAGCUCUAGGCUUGCGUUGAAGAUGGCCGCGGGCUAUGAACUUAGUCGGAGAGAGCAUCGUCAGCUCCAAAGAACCGUCAAGGAUUUGGGUCGCCUUGUUCCUUUCUCCAUGUUUGUCAUUAUUCCCUUUGCCGAGUUGCUGCUCCCGAUCGCCCUCAAGCUAUUUCCCAACAUGCUGCCUAGCACCUACGAGGGCCAGAAGGCGCGCGAGAAGAAGGCAUUGAGCUUGAGCUCGACGCGUAAGGAGGUCUCUGCUUUCCUGAAGGAUACGUUGAAGGAGUCUGGUCUCCCGGUCACCGCGGCGACCGUCAAGAACGAGGAGUUUGCCGAGUUCUUCAAGAAGAUCAGAACCACUGGAGAAACGCCUACACCCGAGGACGUCAUCAAGGUGUGCAAGAUCUUCAAGGAUGAUCUGACUCUCGACAACCUGUCCCGGCCCCAGCUGGUGGGAAUCUGCAAGUACAUGAACCUCAACUCGUUCGGAACGGAUGCUAUUCUCCGGUACAACAUCCGGCACCGGAUGCGCCAGAUCAAGCGUGAUGACCGCGCCAUCUCCCACGAGGGAGUCGACAGUCUGUCCGUUCCCGAGCUGCAGAUGGCUUGCGCCUCCCGUGGUAUCCGCACGCAUGGCGUGUCUCCGGCUCGCCUGCGCGAGGACAUGUCGAUGUGGCUGGACCUGCGUUUGAAGCAGGGCGUCCCGUCCACCCUCCUGGUCCUGAGUAACGCCUACGUGUACGCCCAGGGUGGCAAGGAAGCCGAGAUGUCGUCCCAGAUUGAAUCCCUACACGUCGUCCUGUCCAGCAUUCCAGAGGAGCUGUUCCACGAGAUCGAGCUCGAGGUGCACAACGCGGAGGGCGCCGCCACCAACAAGCAGCGCCUAGAGGUCAUCAAGGAGCAGCAGGAACUGAUCGAGGAAGAGAACGAGCAGAACAGCGAGAACGAAGAAAAGGGUGUCUCAGCCCCCAAGGACAUCGAGGACAUCGAUGACACCGACGACGCGAAGUUCGAGGCCAAGUACAAGAAGCAGUCUGGCGAGGCCACCGAAGCCAUGCAGGAGGGCGAGAAGGUCGAAGAGACCCCCGCCCAGGCCAAGGACGAGAAGAAGUAAAGGACCAACCGUUUCCCUUGUGUUUCUGUUGCUUGAACGAGGGCGUUACGAGCCGUGGUAUAGAUCUCCUUCCCUCCCUCCCCCCUUCCCCAAAUCCCAAAUCUACUCUCUACUUUCUCUUUCUCCCCCAUGUGUUAGUGUGUAUACGAUAGACUUUGUUUUCCUGUUUGUUAUAUGGCCUGGGCGACAGCUGGUGGGACUUGCUUCCGUCCUGCUCUCUUGCCCUCUUUCCCUUCCCUUCCCGUCUUCUUUUUGUGAUGUACCGGCUCGACUUGGGCCCAAUAGACACUUGGACGGUUGAUCUGGACAAAAUAAUCCUGAAAUAUUAAUGGACGAAU